GAUCGCAUUACACCGCAAAAAUCAGGUUCAAUGGCGUAUGGUUAUUCUAUGAUGGUAUGUUGGAUGUUUUAGGAAAAACUUCACUCAAAGAAUGUUUUCCGGGUUAUACCCCAACAUAUUGCUUGUUCCUUGCGACACAACAACUCGCAGAUAUGAAAGGUAUCUAUCCUAAUAUCAAUAUUUUUGAAAGGAUUACAUUUAAUUUUAGUACAAUUUAUACCUACUAUAUCCUUUUUUUUAAUUUUAGCACCAACAGCAACAACGGACGAGCUUGAAAGUAGCCAAAACGAUAACAUACAGUUACCCGAAACUGCUACUGUAAUGGCCGACGAAUCAGAGGACGGUGCUGAACCAGUUGCGUUUAAAGAUAUGAAUGAUGAAGAAAAAUCUAUCUUCAUAUUAUCAUGUUUUACGCAAAUUGAAAUUGCUAAAGAAUCUGUGUAUGGAAACAGCUCGGUCCAAUUGGAUAAUCUGAGAUCUCCGUCUGAGGUGCCAGAAACUGUGGUGGAUGAGUUGGUUGAUAUAACGCUAGUUAGGGAUUUCUGCUCCAAAAAAGCAUACAGCAAAAUGGCAGCAACGAUACAGGAGAAAAAACAUGCGCCUUUGUGGAAAUGCAGUCAUUGCAGACGAAAAAUUGGAAAAGGAAGAUCAAUUGCAUGCGAUCGCUGUCUUGUCUGGUGUCAUUUUAAAUGCUCCAAAUUGGCUGUAAAACCCUUAGGGGACUGGUUUUGCGAUCUAUGUUUACAUAUUGCAAAAAGAGAUUUCCAGCAGCGUCAACAACAAAGAGAAGCAGAGAAAGAAGUAGAAGACGAAGAAGAAAGGGAGAGGCAAUGGAGGAGAGAGUUUUUGCCAUUAUUAUACAAAAACGGUACCCUGGACUACCUGGUACAACAAUCGAAGCUGCCUGAAGUAAAUCCACUACUUCUGAUUAAACGUUCUGGUAGCAAGUAUCAAGCAUUUUAUAACGAAAUACUGGCGAAAAAACAUCCUCAAUUUUAUCAAAAACUGAUGCGUCAUUCGAACAUUGCAGAGCCAACUGGGGUCAUCACCAAUUACAUUCGGAUGAAGUACCCGUGCGAAUUCGAUAUAGGGAGAUUAUCGUUAAACCGCAUUCAGUUUUUGUUGGUGGAAAUUAUUGAUAGAGUAAAUAAAAAAAGCGAUGUAAAGACCAUAAAUGAUAAUAUAUAGUAGUCUUCA